CUAAGAUCCUUCCAGGGCCACAAACCUCCAUCAUUCGUCCCGCGGCGACAUUAUGCAAGUCAGCCGCAAGAGGGCUGGCUGGGGUGUGUACUGUAUAUGGAGACAACGAGCCCCGUAGUUGUCUCCUGGUGAUGGUCAGGCUGCUGUACAAAUCUUUUCCUCCCCAAAUCAUCAAUUCGCCCCCCUCCUAGUUCUCCCAUCGCUUCUCCUCCAAAACUGCAAAUCCAUCACGUAUCGAUAUCGCAAGCCCACCAUGUCUGGCUACUACCCCGACCAGGCUGUUAACAUCAAGCCGUUCGGCAAUGCGGACCUAUGCAUGUACUAUACAUUUAAAGACAACGAUCACAACGUCAAGGUCGACUCGUGUAAAACAGUUGGCGACGCGGGUUUAUGGACCCUCUUGGCUGUUAAGAAUGACCCUUAUUACUACAUAUACAACAAGGUUGCGACGAACCUCCGCCUGAGUUGGUUCACUACCAAGAGCGGCGAAUCACCCAUCAUCGGUCAAGCCUGGGAUAAGAACGACUUUAACCAGUAUUGGGAGAAGCUUGGCAGCGACAACAAAGCGUAUUUUGCGAAUCGAGCCGCCAAUAGCCCUGUGCAGUAUCUCGCAAACUACCACAACCCGGCCGGGCAAACCAUAGUUGGUCUACGUACAGUGGAUGAUCUGACGGACGACACAUCCAUGUAUUGGGCCAUUGUGAAAGCAACCGAUACCACACCGACAACCUCCGCUUCAACAACCACCGGCAAACCCUCUGCCACGUCCGCGCCUCCACCAUCCAACUCGCAACAAGAUUCCGCUGGUACCUCUAGCGGCAACUCCGGGCCGAGCAAAACCGUAAUAGGCAUUGCCGUUGCUAUUCCCCUAGUUGUCCUCAUUGUGGCAGGUAUUGCCUUCUGGGUCUGGCGCAAGAGGAAGAUUGCUGGCAAAGGCGAAUAUGCGCAACCUCCUGAGAAGCCUAAUGAGGGUCACCAGCCAGAAUAUGGCUACGGCGCACCGUCUCCCCCAUUGUCUGGUCCGCCCGUCUACUCGCCCAUAUCUCCCAGUGAGCCCAUAGAGAUACCAGGAGACAUAGUUCACCCCUACACACCGCCAGCGCAUACUGGCUCAAGUAGUGGCGGUAGCUUCAUCCCUCCUCCUAUCCAUUUCCGCCCUCCUGCAUCGACCUUUACCGCACCACCACCUGCCCAGGGACACAAUAUGGGCUCGGAUAUCGAGCUUCCAGGCCUGCCACCACGAGAAGAGGCUGGAAAUAUUCGAAGUUUUAAAUAGACCAAAAAGCGGGAAAAGGAAAGUAGAAGAUGGCUUGUUAACGGCGCAUGUUUGAUACCUGAGCGGGUUGACUCUGUUUGUAGGCAGUAUGAUUUUAUGUAGACUUUGGACGAGUACUACUGUCUUGGGAAUGUAAGAAUAUCCUAUUAAAUAUACAAAUUUCAUAUAUGAUAGACAGAAUAUAUAAAUAGUGAAUGAGUAUGAUUAUAGAUCAAUGAGUAACCGAUCUAUAUGCUUCAGGAAUCGAUGCUGCCUGGGAAGAAUGGUAUACUGCGCUUUUACAUCACGCUCCAGUUCCCGGAUAUCAAAUGCCAAACUAGACAGACUUCGCGUCGACGGUCUACCCGCAUUGCUAAGCAGCCGCAGCUCAAUCUCCUGGAUCGCAAAAUUAUCCAACUUGAGGCUCUCGUGAGCCAACGUCCCUGUGCGCACUUCCGACAGCGCUCUGCGUCUGUAUUCCUCCGCAUUACUCAAAUACAUGAACCAGUUGCGGCCACGGCGAGCAUAUAUUUUGUUGACGGAAAUAAGGCCGCGGUAUGCCAACACUAGCCCGAGGGAGUCACUUCCGCGCUUGAGAACCGAGUUGUUGCAGUCAUCUAGCACAUAUUGAAAGUACUUUUGCGCCUCGCCUGGGUCGCGGUCCAGCAGCCUUUCGCCGGUUUCAAUAUGCGGGAGCCACUGCACGGGCUUGCAUGCUUCUGUAAUGGCGACCAUGAUGCGGCUCUUUUGUGUGUCGUUUGGCGAGAGCUUGACUAGAUCGCUAUGCGUCUUCUCCAGCGGCACUGAAUACUUGUCUGAGGCUUGUCGGCGCAAGCAGGCUGUCGCUGAUCGCUCGCUGACUACGAGCUUCUUCUCGCCCCCAUAGAUCAAUUUACCAGUG